AGUAUAAAAUAUAUCAAUCUUUAGUUGUUGUUUUUUUUUUAUUUAUUUAUAUAUAUAUCAAUACAGUUAUCAGUUAAGACAACAAACAAGAACAAAGUACAAACUUUCAAUACCUAAACUUUGACAAUCGACAAUGAGCACUCUUAUAGUCAUAAUAUGACAUAAUUAUUACGAUUUAUGAUGAUUUCUAUUCUAUACAGAAGUCGAUUUAGCGAUCAUUUGGUAUGUUAUGUUUGAUAAUUCAAAAAUUUUUUUUUUAAAUAUUGUGCUCUCUGUGUGUUUAAUUUGCGGUAUUAUUCAUCACAUUUUUAUUCCACAUUCUCACCAUAUUUCACAUCUGGAAAAGCAAUUACCAUCAAUACCAUCUAUAGUACACCUCUGUCUCUGUGAAACCAAUUUAUUUUCCAAUGUCUUCUUCUAAUGAUAACUUAGGUUCAAUUAUAAGUGCACAACGUCGAGAUGACAAGCUUGAUUAAAUACUGUAGAUUCUAGUUUAGAAUUUAAACUAACUACAGUAUUUGGCCUAAUAAAUGAAGUUAAAAAGUUAUUAGUGUAAUUUGACUUAAUUUAACUGUCAACUAAUUGAAAUGUCUUUUUUGCCAGAGAAAGAGCCUUUAAAGUUUGAUGUAAAUCUUUGUGGAGCUCCUGAGGAGAUAGUUCACUUAGUGGAUAAUAUUAAAAAAGUAGGAGAACAAUUUUUAUAUCAUUGGAAAACAUUCCCUAUAAUUUUACCACCAACAGCUAUUACAACAAAAUGUCAAAUAAAUGGAAAUGAUUCAGCAUAUGGGCCAGGUGCAGAAUCAAAUUGUACCUUGGCAAGGCGAACCAUAACAUCUAUUCGUUCCAUCAAUUGUCGAGAUUUAUUUGUUCCGCCAUCUUUUGACGAAUUAGAUGCAGUGGCUGUAAAUACCAAAGGUGAACCUAGGCAUCUAAAUAGCAAACAACUAGAAUCUUUACGUGAACGCGGUCUGGACAAGGAUAUACAUGGAAAGCCAAAGAAGUUGAAUUCAAAACAAUUGGAUACUAUACGUAAAUUAGGAGAAUUUGAAGUGGCUAGUAUUAACUUUGUUGGCCAAACACACAAAUGGAGAUUAACAGAAUGGUUACAAAAAGGAACAGAAAGAAAUCGGGAAACACUACUAGAUGAUUUAGCUUUUGCUUUACAAUUUUUGUUAGUGACUGCAAGAGCUAGGCUAUUUUCACAUUUUUUUAGCAUUGCAGAAUCUAUAAAAGCUAUACUAACUGGUGUGAUAAAAUUAAUUGAUAUAAUAUUUGGAGUACCUUCUUUACAAGCACAUAAUUUACCAGAAAAAAUAAGAGAAGAACGAUGCCGUUAUUUGGUUGCCGAAUUAAUUUGUCGACCUGAAUUAGAGCAUGCCUUGGAACAUUUAAUAAGUUUUGUUCGAAAACAGUUGCGAAGAGCCGCUACAGAAAAAUUUGAACCAUCAAAAGAAGCAAUGUGUCCUCAGAUUCCUAUUCCUUAUCAGUUUUUGACUCCAAAACGUGAAGAAAUUGAUUUGAGGCUUUUUGAUAGAGAUAUAAUGAAAAAAGCAUUACCUGUGAUAAUGGGGUUGUUAGAACGUGAAACACGAGGUUGGUUUCUACAUUUUAGAGAAAAACUUAUUUAUGAAUUAAAAACACAAAAGUUAUCAGAUGAAGAGAUUGAAAAAGCGGUUAAUGAAGCUGUAAUGAAAGAGUAUUUGCAACGUGUAUACAAAAGUAUAGUUAAUAAUGUAGAACUGCAGAUGUUGGGUGAUGGAAUUCCUAAUCUUUUGAUCAACCAAGCACAAUGCAUUGUUCUUAUGCACCGAGCUGUUGAAAAUGUACAAAGGAAAAUAAUUAAACAAAAAAACACACUAUCUCAAAGAAUGCAAUACACUUAUCCUGUAUUAUCACGUAUUGGCCCUUGGAUGAGAGAUAAACAAACCAUUGCUGAGGAAAAAUUUAUUCAAGAAUGUCAAUGGAGUGCUCAUGAAGAAGCAUUAACUCUUUGUAAAGAAUAUAAAUUACAUCAAGCUGUUUAUUUUUUACAAAGAGAUUUGGCUUUUAUGAGAGAAAGAGAACCAGUUUUAUCAAAAGAGCUUAAAGCUGUUAAAAUUCCAACUAGAACUUUUAAUUGGUUAACACAAAUUUGGCUUCCAAAGAAUUGGAUUGUACGAAGAUCAUUCCAAGGUCAAUCAGAAAUAAUACCAACUGUAUUAAGUUCAACAGCAACAGCUAUAACAACACCUAGGUCUAAUCCCAGUCAAGCUGUAUUUUUGGUUGAAAAAGAAAUUACCCACACAACCACCACAAGAUGGCCAUUCUGGAGAGUUAUUAACUUCCUAUAUCGUACUUGGACAUGGACAUGGAAUGCUAUGUUUUUCUUUGGUGUGGUUAUACCGUGGUGUAGUCCUGUUAGUGUACGUUCUUUGUUUUAUUCAGAAUCUUUUUAUCCAGAUUUAGAAUUAUCUCAAGUAAAUGGUACAUUAUUUCCUAGAAAAUCAUCACUCACUUCAACGCUCAUAUCUAGAUUAAAUUUACUUUGGCGGCACAUAUCAAAAAGUCGAACUCAUUUUGAAACAAAACCUGAUACAGGGUUUAUUGGUAAAGGAAUGACAAGACACUUAAAUCGAGCUUGGAACUAUGUAAUCAAAGGUAUAUUGGGCACUUUAGCUAUGUUAAUUGUAUUUCCAAUUAUAUGUCUCUCUGCAAGUUUUGGAAGUCUUAUGGUGGCAUUAACUGGUCCAUUAUGGAUGCCUUUGGUUACAUUAUUAUUACAUGUGUUCAAUGGGUUAAUUUAUGAUUUGGACUCUCCUGCUGAAUGGAAAAACAGAUAUUUUGUUGUGAUUGAAGCAGUAGUGUGGAAUAUGUUUUUUCAGGGCAUUUUACAACCAUUGAUAGCGUGUUUAAUUGCUUUUAUAUUUUGUCCAAUUGUUACAGUAAUCUUAUUUAUCGUUGCUCUAUUGAGAUAUUGGUUUCGCUUAGCAUGGGAUAGUAUAAUAUAUCAUUUGGUGAUUAAAAAACGUGGACGAAUACCAGCAUGUGAUAGUUUCAUCGUCAAACGUGUUGCUGGUCCAGGUAUGGCAUCAGAUUAUUACUUUCAAAUUCGUCCUGAACAAGCUUUAGCUGCCUUUGAGGCUAAAAUGGAGUUGGAUGAACUUAAUGCAUAUCAAAAUCUUAUGGAGCAAAAAAUUCAACAACCUCAAAAAGAUUUUGCUCGCUUUGUUGAUGUGUGUUUUGGACCAUUUAGUGCACAUUUAGCCAAAAAUGGAGCUUAUCGAGUGCUGGAAAAAGAAGCACAAGAUUUGAUGACAGCACUUCAAGAUAAAUUAGAAAGAAGAUUACGAGAACUUCAAUCUGGUUUAUCAACCACUCUAAAAUCAAAAAUUAGAUUAACCUCAAAGGAUCUUAAAGUUACAGUUGCUUUAGCAUCAAAAAUGUUGGAAUAUUGGUAUCCUCAACAUGUAAUGCAAAAGUUGUCGAUUAGUGAAGAAGAAUUUUGGGAAUCUAAAGGUCUUUCAGUAAAUGAUUGGUCCGCUCUUGCUGUUGUAUUUCUUACAGAUAUAUUUAGUUUAGAUUUUCUUACACCAUUGGAUGAUGCAGAUACUAAAUUUAAAUUAGAAGCUGAACAGAGUGUAGAUUUAUCACGUUUUUAUAAUGCUGUUCAAAGUAUUAAUAUUGAUGGCCAAUGCUCAGAAAUGUUGGGCCCGUUAUAUUCGUCACGUGGAAACAUUCAAAUCCAAUCUCCAUACUUAGAAAUUUCAGCUUUUAAUCCUCGAUCAAAAUUACUACAUUGCAAAUUCAAAAAAUUAGAUAGUGCUUGCAAUAGUAUUACGUACACAAUGUUAUUAGGCGGUCGUUUUAAAACUGGUACUCGCAAACACAAAGCAUACUUAAAAACUAAUUCUAUGCCAUCUCAACGUAACAAAUCUCGGCCAUGGAAACGAAUACAACAGACAUAUAUGGCAGAUAAAAUGUGCAUACCAUUACCUGUUCCUCAUCCAGCCCAUAUAGCAUUAAUAAUAUACAACCGGGAUUCUGAAUCUCCCAUUCCUUUAGAAUCUGAAAACUGCAUUGGAAUUUUAAGAGCCUUAGAAGAUCGAACAUCUGAUCCUACUUCAACUGAUUAUAUUCCAGCUAGUAGUUUUGAUAGUGCAGAUUCUCGUAGUUCACUGACAUCAGAAAGUGUCGAACCAGAAGAACAAAAUGUUAAUGUAUAUAACUGGCAACGUGAUGAUUGGAUGUUGCGAACGAGACAGACUGGAGCUGUACGGGUAGAAUUAGCAUCACCUGAAGACAUAAGUCUUGAUUCUGAGUCUACGAGAGUUGUGUUUGGUACAUUAGGAACAACUGUAUGACUGAAUUAGUUUAUACAUAGAUAAAUUAUAUCCAUGACAAAUAAUGCAAUAAAAAUAAGUACUUAUAUUAAUUUAAAAUAUACACCAAAUAGUUAAUUAUAACAAUGCAACAAAAAUUAGUAUCUACUUAUUUAAAUUUAUACUGAAUUAUAAAAGAAAAUUCGUAAUAAUCAAAUGAUUUAAUAAAUAAUAUGUAUAUAGAUGUAUAAUUUUUCUUAUUUAUUAUAAAUCUCCUCGCAUUUUUUUAAUACCUAAAGUUAAUUAAAGUAUAAUAUCUACUUCUAAAUAAUUAUCUAGUCAUUGUAAUCUGUGUUUCAAUAUUUAGUUUUCUUUUAUAUUAAUAUUUUUUCUCAUUGGCAAAACUCUUAAAACUAAUAAAAUAAAAUAUUAAUACAUUAAUCUUUAUCUUUUAUUACUUGUUAUACUUAAUUUUAAAGUCUUCUGUUUUCUUUUUUCUUUGUGUUUGUGCCAAAGAUGUGUUUUCUCAGCUUAUAUAAAUUUAUGUUAUACUAUAAUAUAAUAUGUAUGCUUAUUGUAAUUUACUUUGACUUAUGUGUAUUUUUUUAUUAUUUUACAUUGGUAUAGUUUAUUUUUAUUUUUUUAUUCAAAUAUUUAUUUAAUACUCUAGAAAUGUUAAUCUUAACAUAAUAUUUAUGUUUUAUAGAUUAUUAUCAUUAUAAUAUGUUUAUGCUUAAUUUUUUUAUUUAAAAAAAAAAAAAAUUAAUAUUAUUUAUA